AUGUCUGCUGCUCAACAGCCACAGCUUGAGACUGAGCAGCAACAUGGCAAAGUGUCACGCAAGUUUGCGCCGCUGAAUCAUGAGCUUGGAAGGCGCAAUGCGGCGAAGGGGCUGCCGGUGUUGAAAGGUGUGGUGUUUGAUGUCGACGGGACAUUAUGUCUUCCACAACAAUACAUGUUCCAAGAAAUGCGCUCCGCCCUUGGUAUCGACAAAUCAGUGGAUAUUAUCACCCACAUCCGUGGUUUACCCUCUCAGGAAGAGCGCGAGGAGGCUGCUGCCAAAAUCCAGGCCAUUGAGCGUUCUGCCAUGGUGAAGCAAACGCCCCAACCCGGCCUUGUCGAGCUCAUGGAUUAUCUUCACUCCAAAGGAUUGAGACGGGCACUAUGCACUCGUAAUUUUGAGACACCCGUAACCCAUCUUCUAACAACGCAUCUGCCCACCCAUGUCUUUCACCCAAUUGUGACACGAGAUACUCCCGAUUUAAUGCCAAAGCCGGAUCCGGCUGGAAUUUUGCAUAUCGCUGAGAGCUGGGGGCUGCAGAAUGCGGAUGACUUAAUCAUGGUGGGGGAUAGUUUAGACGACAUGACCGCGGGGCGUAAAGCAGGGGCAGCUACAGUGCUGUUGUUAAAUGAUCACAAUCAGCCACUCAAAGAACAUGAUCACACGGACUUGUGGAUAGAGCAAUUGGACGAGUUGGUCAAUGUUUUGGAGAACGGCUUUCUGUCCUAA